UUUCUUCUUCAAUCUUCCCUGCCCAAGAAGGUCGUCUCUCCCUGUCUUGUUUUUUUUGGUAGAUAAACAUCUCGCUUCUCGUUAAUUGGCGUUUGAUCUCUGUCCGAUCGAUUCUCUUCCAGCGCCGGCGGCUGGUUUUUUCUCAAAUUUGUUUUGGUUUCAAUCAGGUAUUUCUUUUUUGCUUUUGCCGUCAAAAAGUGUGUUCCUGAUAUUUCUGAGGCGGUUGAUUUCUGGUUCAGUGUUGUAGUGAUUGGAUUUAGAUGGGUUUUGGAUUAUUUGGGGAGGAGGGGAGCUGUUAUUGUUAGUAUUUUGCGCUUAUUACCAGCUUUAGGUUCUUAUAUAGAAUUUCACUGUCCUUUAAAUUCUUUCACUGGAUUAUGGACUGAACUUAUGAAGACAGAAAAUUGAGCUGAAAAUAGGAUAGCUUAGUUAUAAGCAACACAAUUUUUGAGUAUGCCUCCAGGGUUAAAUGGAUCUUGACACAGAGAAUAAAAUAGCUGCAAUUCUUUUGCGAGAAGCUGCAGAAAUGCGUCGAGAAGCAGAAAAGGAAGGUGUAUUGGCUUAUCUCCGACAGCCUAAUGUAAGGACCAAGCCAAAUUCACGAUUUCUCACGGCAACUGUUCUUGGGGUGCAACAAGCAAAUCGAGCUGUGGAAAUGAAUGAGAUGUGGCGUGUCAGGCAGAAAGAGCGUGAGUUAAAUGAUAAGCUUAAAGGGAAACCAAGAAAUGAGAGCCGCAAUGACAGGAACCAAAAGGAUAUUGGUAACUAUCCCAGAAGUGAAAGUAAGAGGCAUGCUAUAGCUGAUGAGAAUGCGAGUGCUUCAUGUUCAUCGAGUCGUGAAGUAGUUGAGUACUGCCAUUCGAGGGACGAUGAUGGUCUUAGGGACAAGGAGAUUGAGGAAUUUUUACACUCAAGGGUUAAGCGUGGCCGGGGUGCUAUAGGUUCCAGGAUGGACGAAACUGGUCCUUACCCUCCGCCUUGUUCGGACUCCAAGGACGAUUUGUCAACAAGCUCUUAUUUGAGGGAACACCGUGUUAUAUACGGUCCAGAUAAGCCAUCUUCACUGAAGUCUUAUGGAUCAUCGGAUGAUGAGCUUGAAAAGAAGAGGAAGAAGGCAAAAAGGGACCAGCUCUCUAGCAACUCAAACGAGAAGUACUAUACAAGGCACAAAUCUAAACACAAGACGAGGGAAAAGAAAAAGAAGAGGAAGGAAAAGAAGGGGCACCGCAAGUGAAGUCCCUUACGGGCACUUGUUCUCCCUCAGGUGUAUCUGAUAACUGUGCUAGAUGAAAUCUGCAUGACGAUUCUUCUUGUAAAGGGAUUGUUUUAUUCAUUUCUCAGAGCUCUUUUACAUGAACAAAUCUUGGGAAAUAACUAUGGCCUUAGUUUAUUUCUAUGGUGAAAUUAUUAUUCUUUGAUUCUCCA